UUCUGCAGGAGUGGGAUCGACUGCUUCUUGUCCAGUAUGCAAUCACUGCAUGACCUGUCUGGCUGUGAGAGGGGAUGCUUAGACUCAUUUUCAGCUCAAUAUCACAGCAUGGAUUUUAGACAUCCCUGCACUAUGACCUUUGCUGGGGUUGAACCUUGGCCUGAAGAUGUUAAACUAUAUCAACCUUUUGAAGUUGAACAAAUUCUUUUACCAGAUAAUGCAGCCUGUUUAAGUGUAAAAGCCUUUUUAAGAAUGUGUAAACUGAACUUCCAAAUUGAAAUGCGAACUAAUGCUGAGAGCAUGUCUCCUUCUGGCAGUGUUCCAUUUAUUAGAUGUGGGACAUUUGUAGUUGCUGAUGUUGAGCCUAUUAUUAAUUUUGUACAUUCAAAGGGCAUUAAUCUAAGUGCACAUCUUGAUCAUGCUGGAAUAGCAGAUAUGAAAGCUUAUAUUUCUCUUGUAAAUAUUGUCUUGCGUAAUGCUGAACUUUAUAUAUCUUGGUGUGAUAAGCCAACUUUAAAUGAAGUAACUAAACCUCGAUAUGGUUCAUCUCUUCCAUGGCCUGUUAAUCAUAUUCUUUGCUGGCAAACAAAGUAUGAAGUUAAAAAGAAAUUAAAAACAGCUGAUUGGCAAUCAAAGUCAUUAGAAGAGGUAUAUGAAGAAGUGAACAAUUGCUGUCAUGCAUUAUCAGAAAAACUUGGAUCUCAGAAAUUCUUUUUUGGAGACACGCCAACUGAGUUAGAUGCUGUUGUUUUUGGUCAUCUAUUUGCAAUUCUGACAACUCCUUUACCAGACAAUCGUUUGUGUUCUAUUUUACGAGAGUAUCAGAAUCUUGUAAAUUUGUGUCAUCAUAUUGAUGUACAGUAUUUCCAGAAACAUGCUGAUGAAGAUGAUGAUAUAGAAAAUAUAGAAAUGGAAACUUUCACCCUUAUUAUGCAGAAGACAAAAAGACCCAUUGUAACUUAAUUUGUGGUUACAAUGUCCACAGAAUAGUUGCCAGCAGUAAUGUUAUGCCUCCAGUUUUGUCUGAGUUAAUGAAAAUAAAAUUUACAUUAUGAAGUAUUAUGCUGAUUGAGAAAAACAAUUGUCUUCUAUAAAUGGUCUUUGAACACUCUACCUAGAGUUUGCAACCCUAUUUUUUCACAAAAUUUAUUCAAAAAAUCAUUUCAAAAAUUUUUCACAAAAGUUAAAAUUUGAAAUUUUUUAAUACUACAUUGAGAGCAAAAUUAAAUGUAUAAAAUAAUUAAAUAUUUUUGUUUUUGUUUUUACCUAAAAUAGUAUGAAAUAAUCACUUUUUAUAUGAACACUUUUUAAAAGUGUUUACACAUAAAGUGUUUGUAUUCAAUGAAAACAAAGUAGCAUAUUUUCAUUAUUUGAAAAUGUGGCUACUUUGUGUAAAGUAGAAUAUUUUCACUGCUUUUUUAAUCUUUUAUUUUCUUAUUGAGUUUUCUGAAUCCAUGAAGUAAUUGUUCUUUUAAGACCACUGUCUUGUACCAUUAUAAAAUAAUAUAAUAAAAAAUAGAUGACUGAGAUUCUUUUCAUCACUUGGAAAGGAAUUCCAGAGUGAAGUGAUUAGGGCUGGGGAGGAUUUAUGCUAAAUCAUUUCCUGCUAUUUCUUUAGAAAUGAUUCUUGGAAAUGUUCAGUUUUGAAAUUCUAGCAGAUAUUGUCUAAAAAAAAGAUUAUGUGUUUAAUUGUACUUUGUUUGCGUGUUUGAUCCUAAUAUAGCACAAUUUUUUAUUCCUGUGAAGGAAAUAGCAACUGAAAAGGAACUAACUUGAAGAAAAUUUCUCUAUUAUUAGUAAAAAAAUAGUAUUACCCAUUUAGUCAUCCAUACUUGUUAUUUCAUUCAGAUAUUGAAAGGAGAGACAAAUUUUUAUUUUAUUUUUCUAAACCUCAUGGUAUACUUCUUUAUAAUAUCUUUAUUUUAUAAUAAAGCAGUUUUGCUUAUCAUAGAACAAUCGUAAUGUUUCAAUAAUAUAAAAAAAGAGUACAUGAUAAGUGUGUUCAUUCCAAUAUAUUAAGCAUUUAAAAAUAUCGAACAAUGAUAUAUGAAGUUCUUUAUGUUGUGUAUUUUAGAAUAGGAUUUGUGAUUUGUAGUUCAAUUUUGUUGUAUUAGAUAAAGGUGCUCAGUUUAUAUAUGUAAAGUGAAUUGAAUAAAUAUCUUUUAAUAUACAUGCAAUGUCUAUCUUUUAAUGUUCUUAUCUUUUAAUAUACUAUAAUUGCUCUUGUAUUUUCUCCCAUUUCCUUCUAAUUUUACUGCCUGAAAUUUCCUGAAAUUUUACUGCCUGAAAAUUGCCUGAAAUUUUACUGCCAUUUCCUUCUAAUUUUACUCCCAUUUCCUUCUAAUUUUACUGACAGAAGGGGAAAACUAGGCACCAUAUAUUAUUUCUCUAGAUAUGCUUUAAUUGAUAAAUGUAGAACUUAGAUAGAACUUCAUAAAUAUAGGAAAAACAAACACAUAAGAUGCACUAAUAUUAUUAAAUUAUGCAUUUCAAAGGACUUAUCAAUUUCAGUAAUAUUCUUUUCACAUACACUGAAUAAUUUCCUGUUUUGUGCAUAUACUUUGCAUUGGUAACAUGAAUUAGAAAUUUCCUAAUCCGCUGAAAAAACACGAGUAAAAAAUAUGUGAGUAAAUAUGAUAUAUAUAUAUAUAUAUAUAUAUAUAAGAUAAAAAUAUGUAAAGCUAACUUCUGAUUUUAAUUGGCAACAUCACCUUUUAUCCUUCAUAUAAAUUUGGGUAUUUCUACUUUCUGCCCUAAAAAUAGUAACUAUUUAUAACAUAUCAAUCUAAACUGUGUCAUUUCAAAUUAAUCCACAUCAUGUUCUUACAUAUAACACUGCAAUGCAGUUACGUUUUAGCCAGCCAUGAAUAAGAUUUCAGUUGAAACCGAAACCUUUUUUAACUCUCUCAUAUGCUUCUUCAUAAUGCAUUUCAUUUUCACGCUUGCUUUUGUCUAGCAUCCAGUUUAUUAAGAUGUGCUAAGCUUUCAAAAAUGUGGUGUGCAUAUAUAUUGCACCCAUAAUAAUGUGUGAAUCAGAAUAUGCGUUCCAAGAAUUAUUUUACUCAAAAAUAAAAUGUUGUUAUCUACAGCUA